GCAUGGUGGACGUGAUCUUCGCCGACGUGGCGCAGCCGGACCAGACGCGCAUCGUGGCGCUCAACGCGCAUCACUUCCUGCGCUGCGGCGGCCAUUUCCUCAUCUCCAUCAAGGCCAACUGCAUCGACUCGACGGCGCCGGCCGAGGCCGUGUUCGCGGGCGAGGUGAGGAAGAUGGCGGCCGAGCGGAUGAAGCCGCAGGAGCAGCUGACGCUGGAGCCCUACGAGAGGGACCACGCCGUGGUGGUCGGCGUCUACCGGUGA